AUGCGCUUAUUGCGUUUACCUUCACCGCCUUGCAGGACUAGUAUUAUUUCGGAGGCUGACUUGGAGCAAGUCAGAUGGGAUGCUGGGCAGGAAGACGUUGAGGUCUCCGAGCCCUACCGUCGAAUCAUCGAAGAGGCCAAGAGCUGCAUCGGAUUUGGAGCUGCUCGAGGUAGCUUUCCCGAAGAGUGGGACGCGCAACUUCUUGUUGACUGCGGAGCAACUGCUGAGGGCCAAAGAAUCGUUCUCUUCACUCCAGGGUUUUUACAGCCGAUUCUUAACGAUGCCGAUGAACUCGACCGUGCUUUCCACUUCCUUCUGUUGCACAUGGAUGAAAUGGCGAUGCAGAAGAAGUAUGUCUUUGUGUAUUGCUGCCUGGGCAUGGAUUGGUCUGCACCGCUGCUAGCGGAGCGCUUGCAGAUAGCCUUUGAGAUCCUGCCCAGAAAGUACACCAAGAACUUGAAGCGCUUUUACGUAUUGCACGCCACAAGCUCGACGCACGUGACGAUGUGGUCGUUUUACGCGUGGCUGACACCGCAGUUCUGGGAUAAGAUCCAAUUCGUCAACAGCAUCGAGACGAUUUGCGAGGACUUGCAUCCAAACGAUGAGUCUUCUCAAGAAGAACUUCGGCGACGCUUCCCUCAGGUCAUCCAGCGGCAAGAUGCUCUGCGCAACGGUGAUGACCCGCCCGUCAACUUCGGCGUCCCGAUCAGGGCUAUUUGCAACACCUUCGGUGUUGAUUUCACGGACAAGACCACCGGACGCUGGUAUCCAAAGCUGCCACCAGCCGUAAUAUUCCUAUGUGAGGCCCUCGAGAGAGAGGCCGCCGACGAGGAAUUUGGAAAGCUUUUCGAAGUGGAUCCUGAUGCCGUGUUUCCUCUGUUGAAUACUAUCGACUAUGGGAAUCCAUUGCCGCGUGACUUGGACCCUGCUCUUCUCUGGUGUUGCCUCAAGGUCUGGUUGGAUUGCUUGCCUUCUCCACUCCUGUCCUUCGAGGCUAUGAAUCUCCUGCAAAGCAGGGAGAUUCAGCCUGGCAACAUCCAGAGGCAACGGGAGUACUUAAUUGAGAUCUUUCAUGAGAAGCUUCCCGAAGAAGUUGCGUAUGUUGCGCUCUACAUCAGUUCAUUCCUUCACACUAUGUGUAAUGUGGCGCAAGAUCGUUGGGGUGGCAAGGCUGCAGGCAGCUCGGCCACUGCAUCUGCGCCGGUCAUGCUGACGCCCAGUACUGCUGCAAAGGUCUUCGCAUCCGGCUUUUUGAGACCGCGGGUGUUCAACGGGGAGUCCAUGAAGGCAGUCCCGGCCGCCGAGUCCUUGAUUGCCACGCUCAUCGAAGGAGCUGAGGAAAAAGAUCUUUGGAUCGGUGGGGAAGCGCAAAAUUUCGCCAAGGAGACUGCUGAUAGCGAGUCGGACGCAGAAAGUCCAUGA